AGUUGUAGAGAAACAAAAUUUCUCUAUAUUGAGCAUAGAGAUUUAGAGAAGCAAAAAAGUCUUCUGAAAGAGACAUCACCAGAAUCGAGAUCACAACAGUGCUUACCCCCACACCCGUGUUCCCACCCUACUAGUAUUGUCGAACAAUUGAGACGGUAGGUUUAGCUCGGCCUCCAACAGCUAUCCUGCCCCGCUUGCCGUUGGAGCCCCCACUUGCUAAUUCUUCCUCCCUGUAUAUAUAUAUAUAAAUAAAUAAUUAAUUAUGUAAGCCUUCCUCCUCUCCUAAUCACUCACACUCAUUGCUUCCCUGCACCUUUUCCUUGAUCCACUUGUCAAACAAACCCUUGCAAGCUGCAAACCACUCCCUGCCCUUUUUGUUCUCCUUCUCUACACUACCACUCCUUGGUUUGGGAAUUGGGACGAGACAUGAGCGGAGAGGAGCCUCCACUAACCAACCCUUAAUCAGAGUCCUUAACCCUGAUUAGUUCGCUGCCUCCCUCCUAAUCCCCCAGCUCUAGAGCUCAUUCAGCAGGCUCAUCACACGCCCUCUGCGUCUCUGUUGCCCAGCUAGCAGCUGUACCGGUUCUUUUCGGGGGCCAGGGCCAGGGCCAGGGUCAGGGACAAGGAGCGAGAGCUCGCCGUACGCGAGCCGGGCGGUAUGUCGAACGCCGGCGAGGCCAGAGGCGUGGGGACGGGCCGCGGGUCGCGGCUACCGCGGUGGACGCGGCAGGAGAUACUGGUGCUCAUCGAGGGGAAGCGGGUGGUGGAGAGGAGCGGCCGUGGCCGCGGCCGCGGCCGGGUACGGGGAGGAGAGGGCGCCGGCGCCGGCGGAGCGGCUGCAAAGCCGACCAAGUGGGCGGCGGUGGCGGAGUACUGCCGGCGCCACGGCGUGGACCGCGGCCCCGUGCAGUGCCGCAAGCGCUGGAGCAACCUCGCCGGGGACUACAAGAAGAUCAGGGAGUGGGAGCGCGGCUACGCGGCCAGGAAGGAGGCCUCCUUCUGGGCCAUGCGCAACGACGCGCGCCGCGAGAGGCGCCUCCCGGGCUUCUUCGACCAGGAGGUCUACGACAUCCUCGAGGGCCGCGGCGCCGGGAAUGCGGCGGCGCUGGAGGACGCGGAGGCCAAGGAGGAGGAGGAGGUCAAGGCGAAGGCGGUGCUCCACACUGGCCGCGGGAUCCAAGGGGGCGGCCUCUUCUCCUCGUCUGAGGACGAGGAUGACCAAGAAGACGACGCGGCCACGCCAAGUCCGACGCCGACACCGACACCGGCGCCGGCGCCGGCGCCGGCUGCGGUGGUCGUGCCGAUCCCCGGAGAGCAAGCUGUCCCGUUCUUCGCGCGUGCCUCCUCUCUUUCAGUGCAUGUUACAGAGAAGACGGAUGACGUGCUGCCCAGGCAAGCGAGCUCCGAGCAAGCAGGCACAUCAAAAGAAAAGCAGCCGGAGCAGAUCACCGAGGACUCGCCAGCGGCGCAGUGCGGGCAGAAGAGGCAGCGCAGCGAUGACAAUGCCUCCGGAAGAGCCGCGACCAACCUGCAGGGGCAGCUGGUUGAAAUCCUAGACCGGAGCAGCCAGAUGGUGGCAGCGCAGCUAGAGGCGCAGAACAUGAACAGCCGACUGGAUAGGGAGCAGAGGAAGGAUCAGGUGAGCAGCCUGCUUGGUGUGCUUGGCAAGGUGGCUGAUGCCCUCUACAGAAUUGCUGAUAAGCUAUAGCCGCCACUGUGAGUGUGUCUUGAGCACAGUAAAUAAUCGCUGCAAGAAUGUACAGAUUGGUACAGGUUGUUGGCGUCCUAUUGUUAUUGUGGAUUGGUUCUGAAAUUUGGUCAGAAACCUGAAAUGGGAUGCCCCAUUUUUUAACCCAUGGGAUGUAGCAUUUGUAUGCCCGUAUGGCCCCAAAACUGUGUAUUCUUACAGAGGAAUGGAAGUGCAUAUCUGAUGACACAAUCUUGGGUCA